AUGCCUCACCCACAAAAACGCCCACACCCUCGGCCAUCAACGUCCAAGUCGACUGCACCCCCAGCUGCAUACGGGCAAGCCUACGAAGCGUCCCUCGUCUAUGGACAAGAUCAUAUGGCGCAGAGUGUGCGCGAGAGAGGGGGCCGGGGAGGCCUGAUCCAGUAUGCUGGUGAGGCGGAUAAGGAGGUAUGGGCCGAUAGACAUGAUAUGAUACAUCUCUUGCCCAGUUUGCCAAGCGAAGGCCGCAAUAUAUUCAUCAAAGCAUCCUCUCUAACUCGAUCCUCUUCUUCCUGGUCCCUUCCAUCCGACACCGAAGAAACAUGGGCCCUAUCAGACGAAGAAGAAAUGGAGGUAUACAAGAAUGAGAAGAAGAAGAAAUGGAUGGAGGGUCUCCGAGCAGAGAGAUUGAGAGAGAGGGAGAGGGAGGAUAUGGAUCGGGGCAAGGCCGUGCAAAAGUCUGCUGAUGGGUGGGAUGAUGAUGAAGAGCCCCCUGAAGCAAUCCUCACACUCAUGGCCCACACCGCUCUAGCCCUGUCUGGCUCACCGAACCCCUCUGUUCUAGAGAUUCGGAUUCUCACAAACCACAGCAAUGACGAGCGCUUCGCCUUUCUUCGGGGAAGAUACAGAAAGGCAUGGGAGGCGGCAAAGGGCAAGGUGAAGCGGGAAAAGGAGGAAAAGGCCAGGAAGGAGGAGAGGGAGCGGGGGCUGGGUGGGCUGGGUGGGUAUGGAAGUGAUAGUGAGAGCGAGAGUGAAGGGACACCAGAGCCGCCGCAUGAUGAACCACCGCCCCCACCCGAGGACGAUCCCUUGCCUCCCUUGCCGCCUGCUGAUGAUGACGAAGAAGAAAAGAAAAGGCAGAGGCGACUGAGAGCCGAGGAGUGGAAACGCAAGCGGGCAGAGGCCAAGGGCUGA